CGCCAUGCGGCCCGCCCAGACUGCGCUCUGGCUGCGCCUAGUAGUAGCCCUGGGCCUGGCCCUCGUUGGCCCCCUGCCUGUGGGGUGGCCCUCGGCCCGGGCCCCCAUCUACGUCAGCAGCUGGGCCGUGCGGGUGUCCCAGGGUUACCGGGAGGCCGAGCGCCUGGCGCGCAAAUUCGGCUUCGUCAACCUGGGGCAGAUCUUUCCUGACGGGCAGUACUACCACCUACGGCACCGGGGCGUGGUCCAGCAGUCCCUGACCCCACACUGGGGCCAUCGCCUGCGCCUAAGGAAAGACCCCAAGGUGCAGUGGUUUGAGCAGCAGACGCUCCAGCGGCGGGUGAAGCGCUCGGUGGUGGUACCCACGGACCCCUGGUUCUCCAAGCAGUGGUACAUGAACAACAAGGUGCAGCCGGACCUGAACAUCCUGCAGGUCUGGAGCCAGGGGCUGUCGGGCCAGGGCAUUGUGGUCUCUGUCCUGGACGAUGGCAUCGAGAAGGACCACCCGGACCUCUGGGCCAACUACGACCCCCUGGCCAGCUACGACUUCAAUGACUAUGACCCAGACCCCCAGCCGCGAUACACGCCCAGUGAUGAGAACCGGCACGGGACCCGCUGUGCUGGGGAAGUGGCAGCAAUAGCAAACAAUGGGUUCUGCGGCACAGGAGUGGCCUAUAAUGCACGCAUCGGAGGCGUGCGCAUGCUGGACGGCACCAUCACGGACGUCAUCGAGGCCCAGUCGCUGAGCCUGCAGCCGCAGCACAUCCACAUCUACAGCGCCAGCUGGGGCCCCGAGGACGACGGCCGCACGGUGGACGGCCCCGGCAUCCUCACCCGGGAGGCCUUCAGGCGCGGCGUGACCAAGGGCCGCGGUGGGCUGGGCACGCUCUUCGUCUGGGCGUCGGGCAACGGCGGCCUGCACUAUGACAACUGCAACUGUGACGGCUACACCAACAGCAUCCACACGCUCUCGGUGGGCAGCACCACCCGGCAGGGCCACGUGCCCUGGUACAGCGAGGCCUGCGCCUCCACACUCACCACCACCUACAGCAGCGGCGUGGCCGCAGACCCGCAGAUCGUCACCACGGACCUGCACCACCAGUGCACGGACAAACACACGGGCACCUCGGCCUCGGCCCCGCUGGCCGCGGGCAUGAUCGCCCUGGCUCUGGAGGCCAACCCGUUCUUGACGUGGAGGGACAUGCAGCACCUGGUGGUCCGGGCGUCCAGGCCGGCACAGCUCCAGGCUGAGGACUGGAGGACCAACGGCGUGGGGCGCCAAGGUGAGGCAGGGCCAGCUGGAGGUGGGGCUGCCACGCCGCGGGGCGAGUGCCGACCGCCCUUCCGCGCAGUGAGUCACCAUUACGGCUAUGGGCUGCUGGACGCCAGGCUGCUGGUGGACACGGCUCGGACCUGGCUGCCCACGCGGCCCCAGCAGAAGUGCGCCAUCCGGAUCGUGCACACCGCCACACCCAUCCUGCCGCUGAUGCAAGUGAGGAAGAACGUGUCGGCCUGCGCUGGCCGUGCCAGCUACAUCCGCUCGCUGGAGCACGUGCAGGUGCAGCUCUCGCUGUCCUACAGCCGCCGGGGGGACCUGGAGAUCUCGCUCACCAGCCCCAUGGGCACCCGCUCCACGCUCGUGGCCAUCAGACCCUUGGACGUCAGCGGCCAAGGCUACAACAACUGGAUCUUCAUGUCCACCCACUUCUGGGACGAGGACCCGCAGGGCUUGUGGACUCUGGGCCUGGAAAACAAGGGCUACUAUUUCAACACGGGUGAGAGCUGCAUGCAGGCUGGGGCCUCGGGCUCUGGAGCCGCCCGGGUACCCCACUGCCAAGGGGCUCCCAGCGGUCUCCCCGAGAGGCCGAGCUGGUGUGUCUGGCACAUCGUAUGUUCCCAUCGGCGUUCGGUGCCCGGUGCACAGUGGGUGCUCAGCCUGGGCGCCGUCCGGGGCUGGGACUGCAGCUCGGGGUCGGGUGGCUGGGGAGAGGGGCCCAGACGGGCGGGACCAGGCUGCCAACAGCCUCUCCCCCUCUUCCCCACGCCCACCGCAACCCCUGCCCAGGGACGCUGUACCGCUACACGCUGCUGCUGUAUGGGACGGCCGAGGACAUGUCGGCGCGGCCCCCGGGCCCCCAGAAUGCCACGGCCCUGCCUACAUCCUGGGCCACCUCUGCCUUUCCUACUGCCCCCCGCGGUACUUCAGCCACACCCGGCAGGCAGUGACCGCGGGGCCGGGGCGCUCGGCCCCACCCGCCCUGCGCGUCUGCUCGAGCUGCCACCCCUCCUGCUACACCUGCCGUGGCGGUUCCCCACUCAACUGCACCACCUGCCCCCCCGCCUCCACGCUGGACGAGCAUCGGGGCUCCUGCUCCGGACCUGCCCCUCCCAACAGCACCCCUGGGCCCACCGCAGUGGCCCACCCCAGCUGCCACCAUGGCCGAGCCCAGGCCGUGGUCCUGGCCUUGCUGGCCAUGGCCUUUGGGAGCCCCUUCCUCUGCAGCGUCCUCUCCGUAGGCUGCCUGCCGCCGUGCGGGGGCCUCCCCCAUCACCACCCCCGGUCUGGCUGCUGGCGGGAACCUAGAGACAUCUGACGAGGGGCCAGGCACCGCUGUCUUGCUCCUUUGCUUCAGCUGGAACCGGGGCUGGGGCUGCGAGAACCUGCCCUGAGAAGGCCCUGGUUGAUCACUGAGGCCCUCGGGCCAGGGGCGGCCUACAUGGAACCCUGGACCGGAAAUUGGCAGGUCCAGGGGAAAGAGAGAGAGAGAAAAGUCUAGUUACACAGUUUGGGGUGGGGGUGGGGUGGGGUGGGGCAGAGGUCAGGCUGUGACGACCAUCCCUUCCCAGCCCCAGAAGUGGGGGGGAAGGGCAAGGGGAGCAAAGGACACCAUCCAGAGUCUCAGGCACCACGUCUGACCUCAGAGUUUGCAAAUAAAGGUUGAAUAGGAGGUGCUAAGUCUGCGGUCUCCUUUGGGGAAGGGGCAGGCCCCCCAUCCCCAUGGCAUGGUUGGGGGUUCCCUUGUGCCCGCGUGGAAACUGUCUUCUCCCGGACAUCAGGCCCCGCAGGACCCAGCGGCCCACAGAGGAAAGGGGGUCAGCCCAGGUUCCAGAGACCCCAGUUGUGGUGGGGGCCCAAGCCAGGUGGAGGGUUGCAUUCCUAACUCCCUAAGUUCCCCUCCAUCCUGCUCGGGGAGUUUCUCUUUAACACUGAGAAUUCACAGAAGCGUGAUUCUCAAAUGCUCUUCCACCCACACGGGCGGCCCCGGGGACAGACCCCGAGCCCACGACGCUCAGGGAGGGACCCAGACACAGACGGCCACACGGGGUGUGAGUCCACGUGGGUGACACGUCAAGAGCAGGCUCAUCCACGGACGGGAAGGGGGCUCGUGGGGGCCGGGAGCUGUGGGGGGUACAGAGAGUGACGGCAGAUGGAGACAUGGCUUCCUUUUGGGGAGAUGGAAUGUUCUGGAACUAGACUACAGCGAUGGUUGUACCUACUUCUCAAAACCACCGAAUUGCACACUUUACACAGGUGGACUGUACGGUGUGUAGCUUACAUGCAAUAAAGCUGUUA